CGAUUAAGAUGUAAACAUGUGGACCACUUUUUUGUUGCUGUGUUCCUUACUUUUUGGUUAUAUACGCGCUUCAGAAUGUCCACCGAACUUCGAAGAAAUUAAUUCCAAUUGCUAUUGGAUCCGAACGGAUCUAAGACACGAGGUGAACUGGUAUAAGGCCGAUAUGAUGUGCCGUGAAAAGCGUGCCAAUCUUAUUUAUAUUGAGAGUGAAGAAGAAUUUAAAAUCUUCAGUGAGCGCUUCAUGGCCCAAAAUUGUACCAAUACAUUACCCGCUUGCAGAUUCUGGACAGGUGGGAACUGUUUCAUAAGGAAUAGGAUGUUUUUGUGGCACGCAAAUGCCAAAAAAUUAGAAAGGUCGUACUUUAAUAAGGGCGAGCCCAAUAAUAUAGAGAAGGAAGAGAAGUGUAUAGAUUUCCGUUAUGAUAGACAGACAAAUAAUUCAUUUGGCUUGGCUGAUGCACCGUGCCUUUGGACCCAUGGAAGUUUUAUUUGUAAAAUCUCUGUGGAGAAAAGUACUUGCUUUAAUAGAAAUGCAUAGGGCCAGACUCGUAAAAUAAAGAAGGUAAAUAAUUUACCGAUGUCCGAAAGGAAAAAAAACUAUAAA